AUGGCCGCGCCGGACUGGAUGACGCAGCUGAACCGACUGUGGGGCGGGAAGAGCGAGAUCCCAGUCGCGGACGCGAAGCUCGACGACAUCACCGGCCUCCUCGGCGGCGGUCUCUUCCAGCCGCUGUUCAAGUGGAUGAAGGAAGCGGGGCCGGUGUACCUCCUCCCGACCGGGCCGAUCACGUCCUACGUCGUCGUCAGCGACCCGGACUGCAUCAAGCAGGUCCUCUUCAACUACGGAAGCAAGUACAUCAAGGGCACGAUCGCGGAAGCCGGCGCGUUUCUCUUCGGAUUGGGCGUCGCGUUGCAGGAGAACGAGGCGUGGAAGAUACGACGGAAAGCCGUCGCGCCGUCGCUGCAUCGUAGGUACGUCGAGGCGAUGGUCGACCGGUGCUUCGGCCCGUGCGCGGACCGCAUGGUGUCGCUCGUCGAGGAUCAGAUCAACGCUGACGGCGGGCGGAGGGAACGCGUCAACAUGGAGAGCAAAUUUUCGCAAGCCGCGCUCGACAUCAUCGGCAUCUCGGUGUUCAACUACGACUUCAAAGCGCUGACGUCCGCGGCGCCGGUCAUUCAGGCGACGUACACCGCGCUCAAGGAGGUGGAGACGCGGUCGAUGGACUUGCUGCCGACGUGGCGGCUCCCGGAGCAGUUUUUGCGAAUCGUCUCGCCGCGCCAGAAGGCGGCGCAAGACGCCGUGACCGUGAUCCAAGAGGUCACGACAAAACUCGUGGAUGACUGCAAGAAGAUGGUCGAAGAGGAAGAAGCCGUCGGUGGCGCGGAGGCGUGGGCGCGCGACUACCUCAACGACGCGAACCCGAGCGUGUUGCGAUACCUCAUCGCCGCGCGCGAGGAGGUGUCCUCGACGCAGUUGCGAGACGACCUCCUCUCUCUGCUCGUCGCUGGACACGAGACGACCGCGUCCGUGCUGACGUGGGGGACGUUCGAGCUCCUGAAACCGGAGAACGCGGAGCAGCUGCGUCUUCUGCGCGCGGAGCUCGACGAAGUCUUGGGCGAUAAGCCGUUUCCGGACUACGCGGACAUGCUGAAGUUGCCGUACUUGGAGCGGUGUUUCCACGAGUCCAUGCGCCUGUACCCGCAGCCUCCGGUGUACACGCGACGCGCGGUCGUCGAGGAUGUCCUCCCGCACGGCCUCGGCACGAUCCCCGCGGGGCAGGACCUCCUCGUGUCCAUCUAUAACCUGCACCGCUCGCCCGCGAACUGGGGCCCGGCGUCGCAGGCGUUCGAGCCGAUGCGAUUCGGCCCGUUGUCCGCGGGUCAGCCCAACGAGCUCAACACGGGCUACCGGUACACGCCGUUCAGCGCGGGGCCGCGACGGUGCCCCGGGGAUAAGUUCGCGGUUCUGGAGGGAAUGGCGAUCUGGGCGGUGCUCUUCCGCAGGCUCGACAUGGAGCUCGUGGCCGGGCACGACGUCGUGAUGACGUCCGGGGCGACGAUUCACACGCGAGACGGGAUGCUCGUGAACGCGACGAGGAGAGAGACGCGUCGAAAGGGCGGCGGCGACGCGGUGGACUGGGCGAACCUUCGACCGGCGAAGGACAUCGGCGAGGGGUGGUGGGAGAGAGGGAUCGAGACGAAGGGCGGGAGCGGCGCGGACGCGAAGAGCAAGUGCCCGAUGCCGUUCGUGAAGUGACGCGCGGGCGGCGGACGCGCGGUCUCGACGGUGAAGAAGCUUCAAUAAAAUUAUUUCUCG